AUGGACUCAGAAGAAACGAUAAAUUUGGCUGUGAAAUAUGCAAAGGAUGCAGUUAUAGAAGAUGAAAAAAAAAAUUUUAAAGAAGCAUUAAAUUUAUAUAUACAAAGUUUACAAUACUUUCAUUUUUUUUGUAAAUACGAAAAAAAUGCAAAUAUAAGAGAAUUAAUAUUAAAAAAAAUGGAAAUAUACAUGGUUAGAGCUGAAAGUUUAAAAAAAAUAAUUAAUAACAAAGAAGUGAUAGAAACAAAAGAAAAGGUAGGAAAUUCUGAAGAAGCAAAAGAAAAUAUGAAAAAACAAGUAAAAGAAUUUAUAAUGGAUAAAAAUGGAAAUGUAAAGUGGUCAGAUGUAUGUGGUUUAGAAACAGCUAAAGAGGUUCUUAAAGAAGCAAUUAUAUUUCCAUUAAAAUUUCCAAAAUUAUUUAGUUCUUCUUCAUUACCUUAUAAAGGUAUUUUAUUGUAUGGACCUCCAGGAACAGGAAAAACUUUCUUAGCAUUAGCUUGUGCAAAUGAAUGCAAUAUGAACUUUUUUAAUGUAUCAUCAUCAGACUUAGUAAGUAAAUAUCAAGGAGAAAGUGAAAAAUAUAUAAAAUGCUUAUUUGAUACAGCAAAAGAGAAUGCUCCAGCAAUUAUUUUUAUUGAUGAAAUUGAUUCACUAUGUGGAUCAAGAACAGAUGGAGAAAAUGAGUCAACAAGAAGAAUAAAAACAGAAUUCUUAAUAAAUAUGAGUGGAUUAAAAAAUUAUGAAAAUAAUAUUAUUGUAAUAGGUGCUACUAAUACACCUUGGUCUUUAGACAGUGGUUUUAGAAGGAGGUUCGAAAAAAGAAUUUAUAUUCCUCUACCAAAUUUACACGCAAGAAUGAAAAUAUUUGAAAAAUAUAUAAAAAAUAAUGAAAGUAAUAUUCCAAAUGAUGAUAUAAAAUACUUUGCUACUCUGACUGAAAAUUAUACAGGUGCUGACAUUGAUAUUAUAUGUAGAGAUGCUGUAUAUAUGCCUAUAAAAAAGUGCCUUCUUUCCAAAUUUUUUAAACAAGUUAAUAAAAAUAAUAAAAUAUAUUAUACACCAUGCUCUCCUGGUGAUACUGAUAAAACAAAAAUAGAAAAAAAUGUAAUGAGUUUAAAUGAAAAUGAAUUAUUAUUACCUGCAUUAACUGCUCAAGAUUUUAAAAUAGCUAUAUCUAAUUCAAAACCAUCUUUAUCAUUAGAUGAUUUAAAAAGAUAUGAUGAAUGGACAAACCAAUAUGGAAUGAGUGGUAUAUAA